UCCUCAAACAGAACACACCCAAGUUGUCUGCCCCCUCCCGCAUAGUCGCAGCAGUCCCAAAUACGUGCUACCUAGGUCGUACUCCCCAAGAGGCAAGAACCCUAGAUCCCGAAUCCAGCACAGCACGCGUUUGACCCCUGCGCAUGCAGCCGUAAAACUCUGAUUUCUCUCUUUGCAGCCUCCUCGCUCCUCGAAAUACCACGGUUCUUCCUCUCCUCCUUGUCUGAGAUCCUGAGCGGGGAUGGGAGAAGCCAAGGACGCCGAGGUGUACGAGGAGGAUCUCGUGGACUACGAUGAGGAGGUGGAGAACGCCGUCGACGGCGCAGCCGCCAACCCUUCCGUCGACGUCGUCAAGAAGGGUUACGUCGGAAUCCACAGCUCAGGGUUCAGGGACUUCCUGCUCAAGCCAGAGCUGCUCCGUGCGAUCCAGGACUGUGGGUUUGAGCAUCCUUCCGAAGUGCAACAUGAAUGCAUCCCUCAAGCCAUUCUCGGAAUGGAUGUUAUCUGUCAAGCAAAAUCUGGGAUGGGCAAGACUGCUGUUUUUGUCCUCUCAACUCUCCAGCAGAUUGAUCCGGUUGCUGGGCAAGUAGCUGCACUUGUGUUAUGCCAUACACGAGAGUUAGCAUACCAGAUUUGCAAUGAAUUUGAGAGGUUUAGCAAGUACCUGUCAGAAACAAAAGUUGCUGUCUUCUAUGGUGGCGUUCACAUAAAAAAACACAAGGAUUUGUUGAAGAAUGAAUGUCCUCACAUUGUGGUUGGCACACCUGGAAGGAUCCUUGCUCUGGCUAGAGACAAGGACCUUUCAUUGAAGAAUGUGAGGCAUUUCAUUCUUGAUGAAUGUGACAAGAUGCUUGAUUCACUUGACAUGCGUAGAGAUGUCCAGGAGAUCUUCAAGAUGACACCCCAUGAUAAACAAGUGAUGAUGUUUUCAGCAACACUCAGCAAGGAGAUUCGCCCGGUUUGCAAGAAAUUUAUGCAAGAUCCCAUGGAAAUUUAUGUUGAUGACGAGGCUAAACUGACCCUUCAUGGUCUAGUUCAGCACUAUAUUAAACUAAGUGAGGCGGAGAAGAAUCGGAAAUUGAAUGAUCUCUUGGAUGCGCUCGACUUCAACCAAAUUGUGAUAUUUGUUAAAAGUGUUGGUAGAGCUUCAGAACUUAACAGGCUGCUCUGUGAAUGCAAUUUUCCUGCGAUCUGCAUACAUUCGGGAAUGACACAGGAGGAGAGGCUGACCCGGUAUAAGAACUUCAAGGAAGGGCACAAGAGGAUCCUUGUGGCUACGGAUUUGGUUGGCAGGGGGAUUGAUAUUGAGCGUGUCAAUAUUGUCAUAAACUAUGACAUGCCUGAUUCUGCUGAUACAUACUUGCACAGGGUUGGAAGGGCUGGGCGUUUUGGAACCAAAGGGCUUGCAAUAACAUUUGUUGCUUCUGCCUCUGACUCUGACGUCCUCAAUCAGGUGCAAGAAAGGUUUGAGGUUGACAUCAAGGAGCUGCCUGAGCAGAUCGACACUUCAACAUACAUGCCAUCUUGAAGAUCCAAGUGGGGGCUAGGAGGGUUUGCUUUUCAGACACAGCACCUUUACAUUUCUAUUGGGUUACAUAAACUUUGAUGUAAGAGAUGCUCCAGUUGUACUUAAUCAGCGAUUGAAUCUGCUGAGUGUUUUGUUGUAGUACUCAGACUUAUGGUUGUUAAGGAACCUGUUGGAAAUGUUGGUGUUCA